AUGUCAUAAUAAAUUAGCAGCAAAGCUACUUCUGAAAAACAAAUACCUUAGACGAUGAAAGAGGAUGUCUAGACUAUUUAGAAAGUAUAAGUAGUAAAAUCAAUGAUUAAACUCGGUGUUCCGGUAAUAUUUCAAGCUUUCAUGUCACUCUUGAGCUAAACUGUAAAUAUAUACUACUCAGGUUAUGAUCCUGAUCCUUCAGUAGUAGCUGGAGUAGGAUUGGGAGCUGGUAAUUAUAGGCAAAGUGGAAUUUAUGUUAAUAAGGGAAGAUUAGUAAUUACAAUAUGGCUCCCAAUAGCAAUAUUCUUUUCCUUCUUUAUUGAGGAUGCAAUCAUUGCUAUAGGUAUUGAUUACUAAACUGCAAAAUGUGCUCAGAUAUAUACAGUCAUUUCUGGAAUACUUCAUAUCUUUCUUUGUCAAAUUUUAAUCGUAAAGAUGGGACUACCCUACUAUUAUACUAGCUACUCCACAAGCCUCUAAUUCAUUGCUAAUUUUGUUAUUAUUCAUGUUCUGAUUAAACUGGAUUCAUAAUACAAAGAAUCAUGGUUCUUUGGAGGAAUGGAAACAUUUUAAAACUUUGCCUAAUAUUCUAAAUUGGCAAUACCAUCAGCUCUUAUAUUUUGCAUGGAAUAUUUAGGAUUUGAAGUACUAUGCAUUAUUUCUGGCUACAUAUCAGUUGCUGCUAAUGCUGCUUAGGUCAUAACACUUACCUCAAAUUUAAUGUUCUAUAUGAUCCCAACUGGUUUUAGUAUGGCUUCAACUACUAUUGUUGGACAGCUUAUCGGAUAAAAGAAAAGUAAACUUGCUAAGGCAAAUUCUAGUUUUAUCAUUAAAUAUUCUUGCUUUCUUGCUCUAUUCAUGGGAGGUCUACUAUUUGUACUAAGAAAUUAAUUAGCUGGAGCCUUUUCAACGAAUCCUGAAGUAGUAGAUAUCACCUCUUAAGCAUUCAAAGUAUCUGCUAUCUCUGCGAGUAUUGACUUUAUUUAUGCAAUGUAAUUAGGAUCAAUUAGAGCGUUGACUAAGUUCAAUCAUGCAGUAGCUGGAGGACUUGAAUUUAUUUUAAACUGGGAGUGCCGGGCUUAUGGAUGGGUUUGGUAAUUGGACAAGUAAUUGUAGUUUCAUACUUUUAAUACUUGUUAAGUUGGAGAUUUGAUUGGGAAGAGAUAACUCAGCACUGUUCUGACAGAGUCUUGA